AUGAUCUCCGCGCGCACCGCCGCGUCCCCCGCCUCCCCGUGGAAGCGGGGAGGACGAAGCGAGGGCGGCGGCAGCAGCUGCGACGGAUGCCGGACCUACAGGAAUACCUUGCGGAGGAGCGCCGCGGCGGUGAAGGUGCGCGCCGUGCCGCCGAGGCGGGUGGAGGCGGUCGCGAUGGGCUCCGCCGCGGAGACGGAGAAGGAGAAGGAGCAGGAGCAGGAGGAGGUGGAGGCGGCCGCGGCCGGCGUCGUCGUCGAGGACCACUACGGCGAGGACGGGGCCGCCGAGGAGGUGCCCAUCAUGCCCUGGGCCUUCUCCGUCGCAAGCGGUUACACCCUCUUGAGGGAUCCACAUCACAACAAGGGUCUUGCUUUCAUGGAGAAGGAGAGGGAUGCACACCACUUGCGUGGUCUGCUUCCUCCUGCAGUUGUGUCUCAGGAACUCCAAGUUAAGAAGAUCAUGCACAACCUGCGGCAGUACCAGGUCCCUUUGCAGCGCUAUAUGGCCAUGAUGGACCUUCAGGAGAGGAACGAAAGGCUUUUCUACAAGCUUUUAAUUGAUAAUGUGGAGGAGCUGCUUCCUGUGGUUUACACACCAACUGUAGGUGAGGCCUGCCAGAAGUAUGGGUCCAUCUUUCGACAACCACAGGGUCUGUAUGUCAGCCUGAGGGACAAGGGGAAGGUCCUAGAAGUUCUAAGGAACUGGCCACAUAGGAACAUUGAAGUUAUCUGUGUUACUGAUGGUGAGCGAAUCUUGGGACUUGGAGAUUUGGGUUCUCAGGGAAUGGGAAUUCCUGUAGGCAAACUUGCUCUAUACACUGCUCUUGGAGGAGUUCGUCCAUCAGCUUGUUUGCCUAUCACAAUUGAUGUUGGCACAAAUAAUGAGAAACUGCUUAAUGAUGAGUUCUACAUUGGACUCCGGCAAAAACGUGCAACUGGCGAGGAGUAUCAUGAGCUUAUUGAAGAGUUCAUGGCUGCUGUUAAGCAAAUCUACGGUGAGAAAGUCCUCAUUCAGUUCGAGGACUUCGCCAACCAUAAUGCUUUUGAUUUGCUUUCAAAAUAUAGGAAGAGCCAUCUUGUUUUCAAUGAUGAUAUCCAGGGCACAGCAUCAGUGGUCCUUGCAGGUGUGUUAGCAGCACUCAAUGUGGUUGGUGGGACCCUGGCAGAGCACACUUAUUUAUUCCUUGGUGCUGGGGAGGCUGGAACUGGUAUUGCAGAACUCAUUGCUCUUGAGAUUUCAAAACAGACGAAGGCUCCAAUUGAAGAGUGCCGCAAGAAGGUUUGGCUGGUGGACUCAAAGAGGCCUAUCAUCUUUUCACUGUCAAAUCCAACCUCACAUUCUGAAUGUACUGCUGAAGAAGCAUAUAACUGGACUCAGGGUCGUGCAAUAUUUGCCAGUGGCAGUCCAUUUGACCCUGUGGAGUACGAUGGGAAGAUUUUUGUACCUGGGCAGGCAAACAAUGCCUACAUUUUCCUGGAUUCGGCCUCGGUCUUGUUAUUUCUGGAGCCAUCCGUGUCCACGAGGACAUGCUUCUUGCCGCCUGUAAGUAGCUCCAAACGGAAACCAUUGGGCAUAAAAAAUCGUUUUUCAUACCUUGAUGAGACUACGGACCAAUCUCAUGUUUCAUCCAUUCAAACAGCGGAAGCACUAGCUGCUCAGGCCACGCAGGAGAACUUUGACAAGGGAUCGAUCUUCCCACCCUUCGCCAACAUUAGAAAGAUCUCUGCGCACAUUGCUGCAGCCGUGGCUGCAAAAGCUUAUGAACUUGGUUUGGCGACACGUCUGCCUCCCCCCAGAGACCUGGUGAAAUAUGCAGAGAGCUGCAUGUACACUCCUGUCUACCGUAACUACCGGUAG